GGGGAGGCAGCGGGAGGGCGAGUGGGGCGCACGCGCGCUCGGCCGCUGCGAAGGCCGCGCUCAGCCUCGUGUUUUCACUUCCUUCUCUUCCGAGCUGUAUCCGGGUCGCUGCUUUCCCUAUUGUCUCAGGCAACCGGCCUGGGGCCGUGUACCAUCUGGGGGGCGUCUUCUGUGACUUCUGCGGCAGGCUAAUAAAGAUUUUCUUCCUGACAUUUUUUUCCCCCCGUUCCAGUCUCAACGGGGGGUGUGUGCACUCCCGAGGCUGCCUCUGGCCGGGGCGGGGCGCGCCGUGGGAAGGGACCCGAGCAGCCGGGGCCGAGCCAAGUCUUGGGGGGCGGCGGGUGGGCCCCGGGCCGGACCCGGCGUCUUUGUGAGCCUGCCUCCGCGGCCUCAGCCCCCGGCCCGCCGACGCCUGGGCUCCCGCAGCCUCUCUCUAGGUCUCCUCCCAACGACCAGCCGCACGGAUUCCUUAUGGAUCGCAGCUCCAAGAGGAGGCAGGUGAAGCCCUUGGCAGCUUCUCUCCUAGAAGCUCUCGAUUACGAUAGUUCAGAUGACAGUGAUUUUAAAGUUGGAGAUGCUUCAGAUUCUGAGGGGAGUGGUCAUGGAAGUGAAGAUCCUUCAAAGGACAGUGGAGACGGCUCCUGUAGCGAUUCUGAAGAAAAUGUUUUAGAGGAAGAAGUGAAUGAAGAUGCCAAAAUAAAGGAAGAACUUAAAAGCUGUGGAGAUGAUGAAAUAGUGUCAUCAGAAAAACAGUUAAUUAAAAUGGAAAAGAAGGAGGAAGAAGAAAAUGGAGAGAAACCUAGAAAGAAAAAGGAAAAAGAGAAAGACAAAGAGAAGGAGAAAGAAAAGUCAACGGCAUCGGACAGUGUGGCUGCCUCUACUGCUGCCGCUGCUGCCCCAAGCACGAGUCCUCCUGCUGCCCACACCUCCCCUGCCACCCCUGCCACGACCACCGCGGCCGAAGAGCAAGUCAGCGAGCCCAAGAAGUGGAACCUUCGUCGAAACCGGCCGCUGUUGGAUUUCGUGUCCAUGGAAGAGCUAAACGACAUGGAUGACUACGACAGUGAAGACGACAACGACUGGCGGCCGACGGUCGUGAAAAGAAAGGGGAGAUCCGCGUCUCAGAAAGAGGGGAGUGAUGGGGACAACGAGGAUGAUGAAGAUGAGGGAAGUGGGAGUGAUGAGGAUGAGAAUGACGAAGGCAAUGAGGAAGAUCACAGCAGCCCCGCCAGUGAAGGGGGCUGCAAGAAGAAGAGUAAAGUUCUUAGCAGAAACAGUGCUGAUGAUGAGGAACUGACCAAUGAUAGCCUGACACUAUCUCAGAGCAAGAGUAAUGAGGACUCGCUGAUUCUUGAGAAGAGCCAAAACUGGAGUUCUCAAAAAAUGGAUCAUAUUCUGAUUUGCUGUGUUUGUCUUGGAGAUAAUAGUGAGGAUGCUGAUGAGAUCAUUCAGUGUGACAAUUGUGGCAUUACAGUACAUGAAGGUUGUUAUGGAGUUGAUGGAGAGAGUGACUCCAUAAUGAGCUCAGCUUCUGAAAACUCCACUGAGCCUUGGUUUUGUGAUGCCUGUAAAUGUGGCGUUGCUCCCAGCUGCGAACUGUGUCCUAACCAGGACGGGAUCUUCAAGGAGACAGAUGCUGGAAGAUGGGUUCAUAUUGUUUGUGCCCUUUAUGUUCCUGGGGUAGCCUUUGGAGAUAUUGACAAAUUACGACCAGUAACACUGACAGAAAUGAAUUAUUCCAAGUAUGGUGCCAAGGAGUGCAGCUUUUGCGAAGACCCUCGCUUUGCUCGGACUGGCGUUUGCAUCAGCUGCGAUGCGGGCAUGUGCAGAGCCUAUUUCCAUGUGACCUGUGCCCAGAAGGAAGGGCUGCUUUCAGAGGCAGCAGCGGAAGAGGACAUAGCAGAUCCGUUCUUUGCUUAUUGCAAGCAGCAUGCAGAUCGGUUAGACAGGAAGUGGAAGAGAAAGAACUACUUGGCCCUGCAGUCCUACUGUAAGAUGUCUUUACAAGAGAGAGAGAAGCAGUUAUCACCAGAAGCACAGGCAAGGAUCAAUGCCCGGCUACAACAGUAUCGUGCCAAGGCAGAGCUGGCCCGCUCCACCAGACCCCAGGCCUGGGUUCCCCGGGAAAAGCUGCCCAGGCCCCUCACCAGCAGCGCUUCAGCCAUUCGGAAGCUGAUGCGGAAGGCUGAGCUGAUGGGGAUCAGCACAGACAUCUUCCCGGUGGACAAUUCCGACACCAGUUCUAGUGUGGAUGGGAGGAGGAAACACAAGCAACCCGCGCUCACUGCUGACUUUGUGAAUUAUUAUUUUGAGAGAAAUAUGCGCAUGAUUCAAAUUCAGGAAAAUAUGGCUGAACAAAAGAAUAUAAAGGAUAAAUUAGAGAAUGAACAAGAAAAGCUUCAUGUGGAAUAUAAUAAGCUGUGUGAAUCCUUAGAAGAACUACAAAACCUGAAUGGAAAGCUUCGAAGUGAAGGGCAAGGUAUCUGGGCCUUACUGGGCAGAAUCACAGGGCAGAAACUGAACAUACCAGCAAUUUUACGAGCACCCAAGGAGAGAAAACCAAGUAAGAAAGAAGGAGGCGCACAGAAGACGUCGGCUCUUCCUGCAGUACUCUAUAGUUGUGGAAUCUGUAAGAAAAACCAUGACCAGCAUCUGCUUUUGUUGUGUGACACCUGUAAGCUUCAUUACCACCUCGGCUGUCUGGAUCCCCCACUCACAAGGAUGCCACGCAAGACCAAGAACAGUUACUGGCAGUGCUCAGAAUGUGACCAGGCAGGGAGCAGUGACAUGGAGGCAGACAUGGCCAUGGAAACCUUGCCAGAUGGGACGAAACGAUCCAGAAGGCAGAUUAAGGAACCAGUGAAAUUUGUUCCACAGGAUGUGCCACCAGAACCCAAGAAGAUUCCAAUGAGAAACACGAGAACCAGAGGACGAAAACGAAGCUUCAUUCCUGAGGAGGAAAAACAUGAGGAAAGAGUUCCCAGAGAAAGAAGACAAAGACAGUCUGUAUUGCAAAAGAAGCCCAAGGCUGAAGAUUUAAGAACUGAAUGUGCAACUUGCAAAGGCACCGGGGACAAUGAAAAUCUUGUCAGAUACCCUUCAUGAGACCCAACUCUGCCACAGCUCAACCUCGGAGGCAAUCCUGGAAACCUCUUUUAUAAGAGUGAUUUUUAAAAUGUGGAUAAAACUCUCAAUAGCGUACAUAAAGUAAAGGAGAACAGCUAUCUUGUCCUUUCCAUAAGCUUAUCACUGCAGAAAGUUGCCUUUGCUUGUCAGGUUUGAAUAGAACAUAAUUGAUUGGUUUGUUGUUUGGACUGACAAGGCAGCUAGUCUGCCUUUGUGAAUUUUUUCAUCUACCUUUUUUUUCCUUGUAUUUUGCACUAAUCAGAAAUAUUUGGUAUGUGCAUUGCUGAAAAAUAUCUUUGGAGAAUUGUCCUACUAAGUAACGCCUUUUCCUCUUUUGGCAAACGAUGGUAUACAGUGUUUGAACUUAUGGAAGAGUGAGUUAUGGGACUUUAACACAACACGCUGCUCCUGUUGCUGAACGAUAUUAGUAGGAAACAAGAAAGACAAUGCUUUCCAACUGUCUGCUGAUCUGUUUCAUCUUACUGCUACAUAUACAUAUGAAAUGCUGCAUUACAAGACAACUAUAGAUUCUUAAUAUAAAGGUCAUACCUAUUUAUAACAUUCAGCAAAAUUGAAAGAUCGGUGAAGCAUAUGCCAUUGUUUUUGUCUCAAUUUUAGCGUAAAAGCACUAAUAAUAUUAGCAUGACAUUUUUACAACUUCAGAUUUUAAGCUCUUCGAUACAAAUAUACAUGUAUUCAUUUUUAGAGAAUUUUUUAGUAGCAACCAAAUUUAUUCAGUCCUAAUUGUUUUAAUAUGAACUUUCUCUGUUCAGUAGAAUUGUUUUUCUUGAACAUAAAUAUGUCAUUAUGAAGUAAACAGAGACACAAAGCUUACUGACUAUCCAAACUGCCACCUGAAAGAUCUUCAUCAACAUCUGUAUCUUUGCAGAGAUUUACAGAAUUAAAACUUGGUCCUAAUUAAAACUUAAUUCAGUCAACGACAGAAUGAUGUUUACUGUUCCGUCAUUCAAUCUUGAACUGGUUUGGAAGAGAUUCUCUUGUGAAACUGAAAUGCACAUAUACAUGUAAAUUGUCAACUGUCUCUUGGAGUUUCCUGACUCACAAAUGUGGUUUUGAACCUUUUUCCAGGUGUAGUGAUAAUUGAAAAUAGAUUAAGUUUAGAAGUAGAGUAUUCAGCAUUGUACAGCUAAAGCAAGUUAUAAUGGUAUGGUUGCUGUGUUCCAGUAAUCUGUUGUCAGAGUAAGAACCACUUGAUCAGAAUAGUUUAGCAAA